AUUUUAAAACUCUUUCGAUAUGGAAAAGGGGAGAGUCGUGAACUCGAGUGUUUGCUCCGGUUCCUAGGGUUUUAUAUUCCCAAAUUCCCCAAAUCACAAUCCCAAUUCAAAUCCCAUCCAAUUCUCUGCCCUAAAAUCCUCAUGGGAAAGAACGAUUUCCUUACACCGAAGGCAAUCGCCAAUCGAAUCAAGGCCAAGGGACUCCAGAAGCUCCGAUGGUACUGCCAGAUGUGCCAGAAGCAAUGCAGAGACGAGAACGGAUUCAAGUGCCACUGCAUGAGCGAGAGCCACCAGCGCCAGAUGCAGAUCUUCGGCGAGAACUCCAAUCGCAUCGUCGACGGUUACACCGAGGAGUUCGAGCGGAGUUUUCUUGAUUUGAUGAAGCGGAGCCACCGGUUCAGCCGUAUCGCCGCCACCGUCGUGUACAACGAGUACAUCAACGACCGCCAUCACGUGCAUAUGAAUUCCACCGAGUGGGCGACGCUGACUGAGUUCGUGAAGCAUUUGGGGAGGACUGGGAAGUGUAAGGUUGACGAGACGCCGAAGGGUUGGUUCAUUACGUAUAUUGAUCGGGAUUCCGAGACGCUUUUUAAGGAGAGGUUGAAGAACAAGCGUCUUCGGGCGGAUAUGGCGGAUGAGGAGAAGCAGGAGAGGGAGAUUAAGAAGCAGAUUGAGAGGGUUUGUCAGUCUAUGCCGGUGGGUAAUGGGUCUGAUCAGGGUUCGGAGGCUGAGGCCAAUCAGGAAGUGAAAUUGGAGCCUGGGGUUAAGAUUGGAUUUGCGCUUGGGUCCUCGAAACUGGGACCUAAAGAGAAAGGGGGGAGUGCGAAAUUGGUGUUCGAUGAGGUGGAGGAUGAGACGAAUGAGAGAAAGGUUAAGAAGGCGAAAGAUGGAAGUGGCGGUGACGCCAGAAGCUUGGCUUUGGAGGAGUUGAUGAGGGAGGAGGAGAAGAAGAAGGAGAGGAUUAAUAGGAAGGAUUAUUGGUUAUGUGAGGGAAUCGUUGUUAAAGUGAUGAGUAAAGCCUUGGCUGACAAGGGUUACUAUAAGGGAAAAGGGGUUGUGAGGAAAGUGAUUGAUAAGUAUGUUGGGGAGAUUGAAAUGCUUGAAAGCAAGCAUGUCUUGAGAGUUGACCAGGCUGAGCUUGAAACCGUGAUUCCGAAUCUUGGGUGCCUUGUGAAGAUAGUCAAUGGGGCUUACAGAGGAUCAAAUGCAAAGUUGUUGGCGGUCGACACAGAUAACUUUUGCGCUAAGGUGCAGAUAGAGAAGGGUGUGUAUGACGGUAGAGUGCUUAAAGCCGUUGAGUAUGAGGAUAUUUGUAAACUUGCGUAGUGAAUUUGGUAGAAUACUUGUCUAUGAUGACCAUCUGCAUUUCAGAUACGUUACCCUGUUUUGAAAGUCUAUUCUGAUAUUACUUA